AUGAAUGCAGAUAUAGAAAUACUAAGAAAUUGUCCUACUGUCGAUCAGGUCAAUGAAAUUUUAUUAAAGUCUUUUGGAUCCAAACAAAGUUCUUAUCGAAAUCGGAAAUACUUACCCGGGUCAAUUGAUAUUACAAGCCAGUUUUCGGCAACCAAGAACAACGGGAUUACUGUCAUUGGAGGGACUUUGGUUGCCCAAUUAUUUGAUCUGUUGGAAUCUCAUUACAAUGGUUGUUAUUAUGAUUUCUCUCAGUUGGUAGUUGUUGUUGCAGAAUCAAGUGGGGGAAAAUGCGAAAAUAGAUAA